AUUCUUGUGCUUUUCUUUCUCCUUCCGCCGCUUAUUGCACACGCCCAUACUAAUUUUAUCUUCAACCAAUUCAAUGCAUCCUCCCUCGAAUUGUUUGGAAAUGCCUCAGUGAAGUCCAAUGCCAUCUCCCUUACUCAUCCAUCCAUUACAAAGAGUAUCGGGCGUGCUUUUUAUCGACAUCCUGUACGUAUGAAAGAUCGUGGUUCUCUGAAUUCUGUAUCGUCUUUCAGCACAAGUUUUGUGUUUAGCAUUGUUCCUCCUUCAGCUUCACAAUUUGGGUUUGGUCUGGCGUUUUUCAUGACACCCCACACGUCUGUAGACGGACUUCUACCCACUCAAUACCUUGGCUUGUUUAGCAAUUUAUCAAAUAUGGGAAAUGCCUCCAAUCAUUUGUUUGCUGUCGAGUUCGACACACUAAAGAACGUGCAAUUUGACGACAUCAACGACAAUCACGUUGGAGUGGAUCUCAACGAUCUCAGGUCUGCAAACUCUACGCCUGCCGGUUUCUGGAUUGACAACAAUCAGUUCCGAGAUUUAGAUCUCAAAAGCGGACAGAAUAUUCAGGCUUGGAUCGAUUAUGACCAUCUUCAAAACGAGCUCAAAGUCACCAUUGCUGAGGCUGGUUCAAAUCGCCCAGAAAAACCACUGUUACAUAUGAAAAAUAUAUCCCUGUCCAACAUUCUAGAAGAAGACAUGUACGUUGGUUUCUCAGCGGCUACAGAACUCGUCUAUGAAGAGAAUUAUAUCCUGGCCUGGAGCUUUAAUACAAACGGAACCGCCUCGCCCCUGGAUACAUCUAAUCUUCCAUCCUUUGUACACAGAGAAAUCAAGAGCUCAAAGUUGACACUGAUAGCCUGCAUUACUACAGGUUGUGUUGUCUUCAUCCUUGUUGUGGUGGCAACAUCGCUUGUGCGGUUGAGGAGAAAGCAGCACAGAGAUCUUAUUGAAGAAUGGGAGAUGGAGUAUUGGCCUCACAGGUUUAAGUAUAAGGACCUACAUAUUGCAACCAAGGGCUUCCGAGACAGAGAACUUUUGGGAUCCGGAGGCUUCAGCCAAGUCUACAGAGGAGUUCUUCCCACAAACGGCCUGGAGGUGGCGGUCAAACGUAUUCUUAGAGAACUCGAUGAUGCGGUUAAGGAAUUCAUAGCAGAGAUCUCCAGUCUUGGUCGCCUUCAGCAUCGAAAUCUGGUACAUAUCAGAGGCUUCUGCAGGCGAGAAAACCAGCUAUUCAUAGUUUAUGACUAUAUGCCAAACGGGAGCUUGGACAAGAUGAUAUUUGGAAACCCAAAGAAGGUGCUCGACUGGGAUCACAGGUACAGGAUCCUGAGAGAUGUUGCUGCGGGAUUGGUGUAUCUUCACGAAGAGUGGGAACAACGGGUAGUGCACAGAGACAUCAAGUCAAGCAACGUUUUGCUAGACUCGGACUUCAAUGGAAAGUUAUGUGAUUUUGGGCUUGCCCGUCUGUACGAGCACAACGAAUAUUCUCAGACUAGUCGCGUGGUGGGAACGCUGGGAUACAUCGCACCGGAGCUCAUACACACGGGAAAGGCCAGCCCCGCCACAGAUGUGUUCAGCUUUGGUGUCUUAAUGUUGGAGGUUGCUUGUGGAAGGAGACCCGUCGAUCCCUCUCUCGAACCUGCUCAGACAGUCAUGGUGGACUGGGUGAGACAGCUCCAUGCUACAGGCAGUCUGAUGGAUGCAGCAGACCCGAAUCUUGGUGGGAUAUACGUUGAAGUUGAGAUGGAGAGAGUGCUCAAAUUGGGGCUACUGUGUUCUAAUCCUGAGCCAGAAGGUAGGCCUGGCACGACACAAGUUCUGCAAACACUUGAAGAAGAAGCUCCAUUAAUACCAGAUUUUGAUGCUCCAUUUGGAGAUGAGUAAUACUUGGAGAUUUCCCAUAUGUUACGGUCGUACCACAGAUGCUUCCAUCUCCAUCUCUCUAGAGGGACGAUAGACUCUGCGGAAUAAGAUCAACCUUGUUCUCUGAGGAUGCCGGUGUGUAUAAGAUGGAUCAAUCUAUCGACUAUUUUUUCUGUUUUAACCUUGUU